ACUUUCAACCUGCUUCUCUUGCCGCCGCCCGCAUUCUCGGAGGGUGAAAGGGCACGAGUGCCGGGUUGUGACCAGGUUGCUGCCAUCUGUUCACCAGUCCGUCGAUUCGGCUUCGGCAACACCACGAAAAUGGCCAGAAAGCGAAGUGAUGACGCCAAGGGUCAGCCCGGCGCGGUCGUGAACACCGUGAACCGGCAGAAAACGGAGCCAGCCGGCGAGCCGAGCGCCCGAACCGGUCGGGAGGCUGUGAGAGAGAAAACAUCAGAAGGGGGUUCGACUCGAAUGUCUCUCUUCAUUCUUCUAUCUACCUUCCUUUCAGCUGCUUUUAUUAUGUACAUAGUGUACAGGAAUUUUCCAGAACUUGAUGAAGAGGAACGAAAAACUAUAGUAAUUCCUAAGGACAUGGAUGAUGCCAAGGCGUUGGGGAAAGUUCUUUACAAAUACAAGGACACUUACUAUGUACAAGUGUUAGUGGCAUACUUUACCACAUAUAUUUUUUUACAGACAUUUGCCAUACCAGGGUCCAUAUUUCUCAGCAUCCUUUCUGGGUUUCUCUACCCAUUCCCACUGGCACUUUUCUUUGUCUGCCUGUGUUCCGGUCUUGGAGCUUCCUUCUGCUACCUGCUCUCAUAUUUAGUUGGUCGGCCAAUUGUUUAUAAAUAUUUAAAAGAGAAAGCAACAAAAUGGUCGCAACAGGUCGACAAGCACAGAGAUCAUCUUAUUAAUUAUAUAAUCUUUUUAAGAAUAACUCCAUUCCUGCCAAACUGGUUUAUUAAUAUAACAAGUCCUGUAAUAAAUGUACCUCUGGGUGUAUUUUUCAUUGGAACAUUUUUAGGUGUAGCACCUCCAUCAUUUGUGGCUAUCAAAGCUGGCACAACCCUUUAUCAACUUACGACAGCAGGAGAAGCUGUUUCUUGGAAUUCAGUCUUUGUUCUCAUGUUCUUGGCAGUUGUCUCCCUACUUCCGGUAUUUUUCCAGAAAAAACUAAAGCAAAAGUUUUCAUAACUCAACACCGUCUUACUAUUCAUAACUUGCCUCAGAAUUUAUCUUUUAAGUUAACGUCCACUGAGUGGGGUUGUAGUAAAGAAUAUAUUUGGAUUUGAUAAGUUAAUCAUUUUUUCAUAAUCGAUGUGCACAUUCAAAAAUGUGACUUAAGUUUCAUAAAACAAUGCCCUUUCCCUGUUUUUCUUCCUUGGCAUUAACAUUAAGUCACAUAAUAUACUGCAAAUGGCUUGCUUUUAUUAUUGAAAGUAGAAUUUAUUAUAUAAUGUAGCUAAACGGAGUGAAGCGUACAAUUACAGCAAGUCUCUCCCAAUUCUAGGUGCUCCAAAAUCAGUUCACUUCAAAGAGAAAUAAAUUUUUCCUUGGCCACAUGCUAAAAGCACAAUAUAGUGUCGGUUGAAGUCAAUCUAAUAGAAUUUUGGAGGAGUGGAGUGAAGUAUGGACUGCUACUGCUUUCCAUUUUAACACUAUGUUGAAGGAUGAAUUCUUUAACAAUUUUUCCCCCCAGUUUUUGUGGUUCAAUGUUGUGGAAACAUUUAUGCAAGGUUCUUAGAUGUAAUAAGUAGCUAAGUGCAAACAUAUGCCUUUAGCAGUAUUAAGAAUGGCAAUAAUUUCACAUUCAUGGUGUAUAAUUAUUUGUAAUCAUACAUGAUUUUGAACUUCAAAUAUUUACAUGUUAUCACAACUUGUAACAUCCUGAUGCAAGUAUUUAUUGGAAAGAAUGAAGGCUGAAUUGGUUACUGUUGUUGUUUCUGUAUUCAGUCCCCAUGUACUAUGUGUGUCUUGUUCUUUAUCCCAGAUAUAGCUAUGGAAUGUAAAUUUUCAUGUGUCUAUUGACUUGUACAGGAUAAGUAAAAGUGCACAACAUAUUUCUUAAAAAUCCAUUAUAAUUUUUCUUCUGUACUGUAAUUUUAAAAUGUCCACUAGGUGGCAUUUGAUUCCAGAAACAAUGUAAUAAAACCAUGAGGUGAAUUUUUCAUCCAAUCUUAGUUAAUUGGGAGGAGAUAUGACACAAUAGCUGAUGUUCCUCCUUCAAACAUGGCAGUUAGGAGAGGUGUGGGGGGGGGGUUGAGAAAGAAAUCAAAUUCAGUCAAUUUCCCACAAUAUCAAUUUGCAGUUUGAAAGGGUCUGAGGAGGACCGUUUUGCUCAAGAAUUGGUGUAUGAAUGAAGGAAGACAAUGGAAUAAAAGAAAAAUAGUAUCAUGACUGAUACUUGAGAGUUUACAAUACAAGCUUUGUAGCCGCAUAUCUGCAGAGAAAACAAAUAACCUCUAUGUCAAACUGCUACCAAAUAUUCCACAGAAAUGAUUCAGAUUCUUGAAGAUUCUUGCAGAAUGAGACCACUUUUUAAUCCUGGAAGAAACUGUAAAUGCCGAAAACAAAUAUCAAAAUGCCUGAAUUUCCAGCAAGGCAAUUGACUUCUUAAAAGGGAAAACAUAAAGGGCUAAAAAAAAGCUCAGUUUGUUAAUACUGAUAAGUUUUCUGCUUAACUCUAACAUUUCUGAUCUGAUUGGAAAUCUUAACAAUUUUGGUCAAAUCAACUGAAGAAAACCAAGUACUGCAUUGUCCCGAUGAAGGGUCUCAGCCCAAAAUGUCAACAGUUUACUUUUUCCAUAGAAUCUGCCUGGCCUGCUGAGUUCCUCCAGCAUUCAGUGUGUGUUGCCCUGCAUUGUACAUUUUGAAAAGUAUUCAGAAACCAGCCUGUUCUCAUUAACUCUAGCUAAUGUAAAAGUGUGCUAACUAGGUUCCUAUCUUCAAUGUGAUUUCAAUGAUAAUCUGAUACAACCUGAUGGACUUUUAGAAUAAACAUUGUAUUGUGAUAUUAUAAUUGCUACUGCUGAGUUGAUCGGAAUUUUAUUGGACAACUUCUAGGUAGCCUUUCAUCACUGUAUUAAUUGGACACAGAGAUAGAAAGGGAAAGCUGUAUGGAUGUUUUUAAGUUCUAAUUGGUUUAUUUUAGCUGCACUUCAGUUGUUAGCAGUCCUUAAAGCAAGUUAAAAUAUUCUGGGCUCCAAUCUCAUUUACGUGACCUGAGUUCAAAAACAAACUGCAGUGUAGUAUGGGAUGCAGGGAACGCUGCACUGCUGGAGGUGCCUCCUUUCAAAUGAGGUGUUAUCCAUCUGCAAUAUCUCAUUUAGUGCAACUUGGUCUCAGCAGGCUGAAGGCACAUUUUAAAGAGCUGGGAAAGUUAUACACAGUGCCUUGAUCAAUAUUUAUGUCUCAGUCAACUUCUGAAAUGAAUUAUCUGGUCAUUAACCAUGUGGCAAUUUAAAUUCCCACAAUUAGCAGUGUACUUCAAUUACUGCAUCAUGGGCUGUAAAAUGUUUUGGAAUAUUGCAAAAGUGAAAAAAAAGGAAUAUUGCAAAAGUGAUUCAAAAAGCAUCAUAUAAAUGCAAAUUUUGCUGGGAAAGUAGCAGAUUUUUUUCAUAACCCUGGUUGGUUUGCCCUUGUAUGUGUUUAAAAAUUGCAUUGUGGUAGAGAAAUUUUGCUUGAAUAUUUUCUGGGGAUAGGUUCAAAGUUCAAAGUAAGCUUAUUAUCAAAGUACAUCUAUGUCACCAUACAACCCUGAGAUUAAUUUUCUUGUGAAGAUACUCAAUAAAUCCAUAAUAGAAUAAUAGCCAUAAUACAAUCAAAGACUGCACCAACUUAGGCAUUCAACCAAUAUACAAAAAAAACAACAAACUGUGAAAGUACAAACACAAAGAAAUAAUAAAUAUUGAGAACAUGAGAUGAAGAGUCCUUGAAAGUGAGUCCGUAGCUUGUGGGAGCAUUUCAAUGAUGGGACAAGUGAAGAUAUCCCCUUUGGUUCAAGAGCCUGAUGGUUUAGGGGUAAUAACUAUUCCUGAACCUGUUGCUGUGAGUCCUGAGGCUCCUGUACCACCUUCCUGAUGGUAGCAAUGAGAAGAGGGCACUUCCUGGGUAGUGGGAUUCUUGAUGAUGAAUGUUGCUUUCCUGUGACAAUGCUUCAUGUAGAUGUGCUCAGUGGUGGGGAGGGCAUUACCUGUGAUGAACUGGGCCAUAUUCACGACUCUUUGUAGGAUUUUCUGUUCAAGGGCAUUGGUGUUUCCAUACCAGGCUGUGAUGCAGCCAGUCAAUAUACUCUCCACCACACACCUAUGGAAGUUUGUCAAAAUUUUAGAUGUUGUGCGAAAUCUUUGCAAACUCCUAAGGAAGUAGAGGUGCUACUAUGCUUUCUUCAUAAUUGCACUUGUGUGCUGGACCCAGGACAGGUCCUCUGAGGAAUUUAAAGUUGCUGACCCUCACCACCUCAUUCAUUGAUGAGGACUUGCACAUAGACCUCUGGUUUUCUUCUCCUGAAGUGUGCCAUUGGAGUUGUGCUUAGCCACACAGUCAUAAGUGUAAAGUGAGUAGAGCAGAGGAUUAAGUGCACAGCCUUGUGUUUCACCUGUACUGAUGGAGAUUGUGGAGAAGAUGCUGUUGCCAAUCUAAACUGCCUGGGGUCUGCAAGUGGGAAAUCAUAGAAACAUAGAAAACCUAGGGCACAAUACAGGCACUUUGGCCCACAAAGCUGUGCCGAACAUGUCCUUACUUUAGAAAUUACCUAGGAUUACCCACAGCCCUCUAUUUUUCUAUGCUCCAUGUACCUGUCCGGGAGUCUCUUAAAAGACCCUAUCGUAUCCGCCCCCUCCACCGUUGCCAGCAGCCCAUUCCCUGCACUCACCACUCUGUGUAAACAAAAAAACUUACCCCUGACAUCUCUGUACCUGCUUCCAAGCACGUCAGAACUGUGCCCUCUUCUGUUAGCAUCAUGGGUCCAAUUACACAAGGAGGUAUUCAGGCCAAAGUCUUGAAGCUGAAUGAUAAGUUUUGAGGAGAUGAUGGUACUGAAUGCCAAGCUCUAGUCGAUAAAGAGCAUCCUGAUGUAUGCAUCUCUGCUGUGCAGAUAUUCCAGGGUUGAGUAAAGGGCCAAUGAGAUGGCAUCUGCUGUGGACCUGUUGCUCCGGUUGGCUAAUUGGAGCAGAUCUAAGUCACUUCCCAGGCAGGAGUUGAUGUAUUUCAUCACCACACAUUUAAGUGCUGCUAGAUGAUCAUCACUGAGGCAUGUUACCACGUUCUUAGACUGCUGAAGCGAAAGGUUAAGUACCUCAGUGGACCCUCCAGCCGAUUGAUCAGCACAGGUCUUUAGUACUUGGCCAGGUACCCCGACUGGGCUGGAUGCUUUUUGUGGGCUUGUCCUGAAGGCUGCGCACACGACGCCCUCAGAGACUGAAAUCAUAGGAUCAUCAAGGGCCGUGGGAGUUCGUCGUAGUUUUUCCAUGUUUUUACAGUCAAAGUGAGCAUAGAAGGCAUUGAGCUCAUCUAGAAGCGAAGCUUUGUUGUCACCUAUGUUGCUUGAUUUUUACUCUAUAGGAGGUGAUGGCAUUCAAGCUCUGCCUCAACUGUCAGCAUCCUUUGUUGAUUCAAGUGUAGUUGGGAACUGCUACUUUGCCUGUCAGAGGAGAUUGUACGAUCUCCAGAGACUUUCUGGAGAUCGUACCUGGUCCACCCUUCACAUAUCAGCAAGGUCAUUUUUGGGAUUAUAUGCAAAAUUGAAUAUUUUGCUGCUUGAACACAUUUUUCUUCAUGUCAUCCCUCUUUAGCCCUUUAAUUAUUUGCUUUCCAGUCUUGUGAUAAUGGAAAUUUCUCCUUAUUCAGUUUGUUUAUACUUUUGAAGAUUUUGAACAUCUCUAUUAAAUCACUUCUCAAUUCUAUUUUUCCUUCUACAGAUGGUGCUCUACCUGCUGAGUGCUUACAGCACUUUUUUGUUUUUAUUCCAUCCCAUUAAAUGUCUUUGACCCUGUCUGAGGCCUUCACAUCUUUGGAAUGCUGACCAGAAUUAAUGACCUUCAGGGAAGAAAUCUGCCAUCCUUCUAAAUACCUGGUGUCAUUUUGGACUCAACACAAUGUGAUGACUGUCAGCUGCCAUCUUGGUUGUUUCAUAGCUGCUGCAGGGUCAGGCAUCAGCAUGAAAUCAGACAAUCCAGCACUGGAUUGGGCACCAAAUUCAGAUAUUCCUCAUCAAAAACAUUUGGGGACUAGUGUCUAAACUGGGAGUGCUAUCUCAAAGAAAUGCUGAAUACACCUUUUGAAAUGCAAAACUCUGUAUCACAAUCUCUGUGUCUGUCCUGCCCAAAUGGAAGGACAGACUCUUCUUAGGGGCCAAGCGUAUGAGAAAGAGUAUGUCCUGGAGGUCCUGUGUGAACACUGAUUUCAUACACCUAGGAAAUGGAACCCUGAUGAUCCCCUUUCAGAUACAGUGUGGAACAGGCCCUCCCAGCCUGGUGAGUCGUGCUGGCCAGCAACCCACCUAUUUAACACUGGCCUAAUCACAGAACAAGUUAUAAUAACCAAUUAACCUACUAAAUGGUACAUCUUUGGACCGUGGGAUGAAACCAGAGCACCCGGAGGAAACCUAUAUGGUCAGGGGUAGAAUGUGCAUGCUUCUUACAGCUGGAAUUGAACUCCGAACUCAGGUGUCCUGGGCUGUAAUAGUGUCAUGCCAACCGCUAUGCUACCAUCGUAGGUGAUGAUGAGUCAAUCCAAAAGUAACUGAGGAAAAACAUUAAAGUAGUCCUGAGAGUUGUUUGGCACCACUAUUACUGUCCAAGCUGCCUAACUCCGAACAGGCCGGAGAAUGCGUAGAGUGGUCUGGUCCAGUAGUGAGGGGUUGAUUGGAGAGUCAGGGAGUCGAUGGGUAUGCAAAAGAGAAUAAGUUACAGGGAAAUAUGUGUGGGUAUGGACCUGAUGGGAAUGUUCUGAGACCUCGUAGAGUAUGGAUGGUCAAUUGGCCUGGAAAUAUAACGUGAGAGUAUAGGAUGUUCACUGUGAUAUUCUAUUCACGGCUCCUCAUCAAUUCAUUCUUAUGUAAGGGUUUCUUCUUUUAUGUUACUGCGAAGGCUAAUAAAAUGGCUUCUUUGUUAUGUUAUAAUAAAAUGGCUUCUCUGUAAUGUUAACUGCUGAGUUAACGGUAGCAGCUUGGUUGGGUUAUAAUUACUGUUAACGGGAAUCGUAUUCAUUUACUAACCAAUUGGGAUAGAUGUUAUUCUUUCUUGUGUAUCUGUAAGCUGUUGUUUUCGUGGGCUUUGGGCAGAAGGCAUGAUGGGGACAGAGAGAGGAGACGCGAUACUGUCAGCUGGGCGAGGAUCGGACUCUAGAGGAAGUCCGAGGCCCAGGGCUUUUCGGGAGGAGAACUGAAGAGGAAGGACGUGCGGGACACGCGCUGGUCGACCACUGUGGUUGGUCCCAGGCGGCUUGUCGAGGAGGUCAGAGGGGAUCGAAUGGUGGAGAGAAGACUCCGUUAAUUCAACUCCAAUGGUUGUGCACGAAGUGGUUGAACUCUGAUAAGUUUGGCGCCUUUUACUUUCCUUUUAUAUUUUAUCUCUAUUAAUUACAUGGUUCCAGUAAGGUCUAUAAAGUGUAAUC